CGGGUACGCCGUCGCUUUUAUGGACAUUUUCUAACGAACUGGGAUUUCGCGGGACACAAAGGUGUUGCCCGGCUUGCGCGGAGGGAUAUCACUCGGUGCGCAGCACUGUACCAAAAUACUAGAGUUAAGAGGCAGGUCUGUCAGUAAUUGAACUCAGACUGAGCUGGGAGGGCGGUGGCAGCAUCGUGUGGUGGUUGCUGGUAAUCACUGGACUCAUCAGCAUCAUCACAAACCCCCUGGAAUUACAUUACAGCUGCUGCGCCACCGGCGAACUCAGCAUCCCGGGCGGAUUUAUCCUCACUGUACUGUAUUAUACCGGCUGCGUGUGCUCCCUGUGCCGUGCUCUUCAGCAGCAGCAGCAGCCCCGAUGGAUGUGUCAGUGUGAGACCGGCAGCAGCAGUGACGCGGCUAGGAGGACCCCGGCGCUGUACCCGGCACUCGGACUAUAUAUCCCGGCUCAUCCGCUCUGAGGGACUAUUACCAUGCUACUCUCCAAAUUUGGCUCUUUGGCUCAUAUCUGCAACCCGACCAGCAUGGAUCACCUGCCGGUGAAACUCCUGCAGCCAGGGAAGGCGGAGAAGGAGCCGUUUGAGAAGGUGUAUCAGGUGGGCUCCGUGCUGGGCAGCGGCGGCUUCGGCACCGUCUAUUCCGGCAGCAGGAUCGCAGAUGGAGUGCCGGUGGCGGUGAAGCACGUCUCCAGAGAGCGGGUGACGGACUGGGGCACCCUGAACGGUGUGCUGGUUCCCCUGGAGAUUGUGCUGCUGAAGAAGGUGGCCUCCGGCUUCCGCGGGGUGAUCCGGCUGCUGGACUGGUACGAGCGGCCGGACGGCUUCCUGAUCGUGAUGGAGAGGCCGGAGCCGGUGAAGGAUCUGUUCGACUACAUCACGGAGAAGGGGGCGCUGGAGGAGGAGGCGGCCCGGGGCUUCUUCCGCCAGGUGCUGGAGGCGGUGCGGCACUGCUACAGCUGCGGGGUGGUGCACCGGGACAUUAAGGACGAGAACCUGCUUGUGGACCUGAGGACCGGGGAGCUGAAGCUCAUAGACUUCGGCUCGGGAGCGCUGCUCAAGGACACGGUGUACACGGACUUUGAUGGGACCAGAGUAUACAGUCCUCCAGAAUGGGUCAGAUACCACAGAUAUCAUGGGAGGUCAGCAACUGUAUGGUCACUAGGUGUUCUUCUGUAUGAUAUGGUCUGUGGGGAUAUCCCUUUUGAACAGGAUGAGGAAAUCUUGCGUGUCCGAUUGUACUUCAGGCGAAGAAUUUCUCCAGAAUGCCAACAGCUUAUUAAAUGGUGCCUUUCCCUGAGGCCUUCUGACAGACCAACACUUGAACAAAUUUUUGAUCAUCCAUGGAUGUGCAAGUGUGACCUAGUGAAGCCUGAGGACUGUGAUUUAAGAUUACGGACUGUUGACACUGAUGCAUCUAGCACAAGUUCAAGCAAUGAAAGUCUGUAAACAGAAAAAAGGAAAACUCACUUGGGAGGGAGAGGGCAGAGCUUCUGCCAAUAAUACCCAGGAGAGGGAUAAACAUUCACAUUCUAUACUUAAAUCUUUAUACAGGAUUUUUUUUUUUUGGUCAACCUUUUGCAGUUAUCUCCCUCAAUUGACACUUGGACAUUAUGAUCUGAGAGUUUUACGCCAAUGCUUACAUAAAAGGACUGACCUUAUUUACAUAAGAGAAGCAGUGACCUGAGUACAUAUUAUACUGUUUUUUGCUCUCAUAGAGCCUGGACUAGAUUUUUAUUUGCUUUUGAGUGCCUUUUUGAAAGCUGCUUCAGUGGGACUUUCUGUUUUGUGUGUUUUAUUUUUAUUUAUUUUUUUAUUUGGGGCUGCGUUUGUCCAAAGAAGAUCCACACUACCCUGGGCAUUCCCUGCUUCUGUAUUUUGGUUGGAUUAGCAUCUUGCUGCGUCAGACACCUUGCUCAGACUUUAUUUAUUUUUUAUUUAUGUUUUUUAUUUUCCUGAAGUGAGGUCCACCCUUAUUGCGGUGAGAGUAGUAAGGCUAAUGUAUUGUGACCAUUUAAUUUACAAAGUACUUCUUUGAAGUAAGCUGUACUGUAAACCUUGAACAGGAAAGCGAUUUUUUUUUUUUUUUUUUUUUUUUUUUAAAUGCUCCUUUUCAUCUCUACCACUGGGCAACACAGGACCAUUUUAUCCUCCUAUUCUCCUAAACUAUGUCACCCUGCAAGUCUUAAGUAUGUGUGGGCAUGUUAAAAUGCACAAUCAAUGCAAUAUUCAAAGACUUUUUUUUUUUUUUCCCCCUCUCCAUAUCUGUAUUUAAACAUUUUUUUUUUUUUCUUGUAUUAUACAGUUAUUUAUUGCGAUAUUUAGACAAUAUUUCUCACUAUUUAUUUGGUUAAUUUAUUUGUCUAGAAUUUAUCCAACACUGUGCUUCACACUGUUCUGAAGACCCCCUUCCACAUUUUACCUUUUCUAAUGAACGCAAGUGACUUUCUGCAUUCCAGUCAUGUAAUAUUUUACUUUUUUUUUUUUUUUUAUUCUUCCAUCCCCCUCUUUCCAUGGCUCUAGAAAGUUUGUAUUAGAUGGGUAAUUUGUUGUAAAAAGUCCUAAUUUAAAGAAAAUAGAAUUACUGACUUAUAAAGUUGGUUAAUACGCCUUUUGUCUGGUGUUUACCAGAGUUCUAAUGUUAUGCUUUUUGACAGGAUUUUAAAUUAUUGGCAUUAUAAAGUCUCCAUGCAGUGGCUCUGGGAGGAUAAGUGGCAGAGUCAUACCCUUAAUUUAUGUCAUUAGCUGUGUUUUUUGUGAUCUGCAUUCUAUGCAGUUUUAUGAUUUUUAUUUUGUUUUAUUUACAGUGUGAAAUGUAUGGAGAUAUUUUUUUAUACAAGUAUUUCAAUUAAAAGUUUUUUUUGUAUAUAA